AUGAUCGCGAAAUGGUUGGCAUCAGAAAGUGGGGCAACGUUCUUCGAUGUCUCGCCUUCUUCCCUUAUUUCCAAGUAUUACGGAGAAACCGAGCAACUCAGCCGUACUUUGUUUCUUGUGGCGGAAUCCUGCAGUCCUGCUGUCAUUUUUAUUGAUGAGGCAGAUUCAUUGUUAACAAAGCGGCGGGAACGAGAUGAUGACGGUUCAAUACGAAUGAAAAAUCAACUACUCCAAAUGAUGGAUGGUGUGAGAAACAAUCAGAAAGCAAUGGUAAGAACCACAGCUCAUUCAGCUAGUAUUGCUGCAUCUGAUACAAUGAUGUAG